AAAAGUAUCCGCGAUAUUGAAAGAGCGCCCCCAAGAGGCGGUACGAUUAACACAAGCAAGAUGGCGGCCUCCACGAUUUGUAUUCCAGGUCAACGCCUUGGCAGUACAGAAGAGUUCCAGGCAGGAAAAGGUACUUACACGAGGCAAGGGUAUGUCUACUCCAGUCUGGCUGGCUUCCGACAUGAGUCCAAACAGGGGGAAGAUUUACCUGAAUUGCAAGUUUUACUUGAAGAUCAGCAGACUGUCGUACCAGAGGUCGGCUCGGUCGUCACAGUAAAGAUGACCAGUGUCAAUCCACGAUUUUGCCGUUGUGCCAUCCUGAGCGUUGAAGGCACGCCACUGACCCAGAGUUUCCGCGGAAUGAUCAGAAGGGAAGACAUCCGAGCCACAGAGAAAGAUAAGGUGGAGGUCUACAAAUCCUACCGGCCUGGCGACGUGGUGCUCGCUAGAAUUCUGUCACUAGGAGACGCCCAGUGGUAUCUCUUGUCAACCGCAGAGAACGAGUUAGGGGUGGUGCUCGCACAGAGCGAAGCAGGUGUCAACAUGGUCCCAAUCAGUUGGUGUGAGAUGGUGUGUCCUAAGACCCACAGCAAAGAGUUUCGCAAGGUAGCCAGGGUACAACCCCAGUAUCUGAUUCAGCCAGCUGGUACAUAGCACCCAGUAGUACCCGGUAUCUGAUCCAGCCAGCUGGUACAUAGCACCCAGUACGUAGUACCCAGUAUUUGAUCCAGCCAACUGGUACAUAGCACCCAGUAGUACCCAGUAUUUGAUCCAGCCAACUGGUACAUAGCACCCAGUAGUACCCAGUAUUUGAUCCAGCCAACUGGUACAUAGCACCCAGUAGUACCCAGUAUUUGAUCCAGCCAACUGGUACAUAGCACCCAGUAGUACCCAGUAUUUGAUCCAGCCAACUGGUACAUAGCACCCAGUAGUACUCGCCAGUAACAUGGUCUUUUUUAUAAAUCCAAUUAGCACCCAGUCUCUGGUACCUUUAGGUAGAUCCCUGCCUUCUCUAGCUUUUGUUAAUAUGUACAUAGGGUAUUAAAGCAAGCACCUCAUCGAAACCCAGUGAAACAUUAGCACCCAGUCUUUAGUACCAAGAACAAAUGCCCACAUUAUUAUCUAGCUUUGGUACAUGGCACCCCAUCAAAUACUAAUCACUUGGAAGGUGCCUAAGGUAUCAACCCUAGUACUUGAUCCAGCCAGCUGGCAUAUAGCAUCAAAUCGGUACCCAUGCAGUAGAACCUUUUGGUAAUAGCCUAGUGCCCGAUGAAUUCAAUUUGACAGUCCGUGUGAUCUUGUUAUCCUUAAGGACUGAGCACUUGCUCUCACAACUUAUGGGGUACUAGCACAAAGGGAAUGAUAGUACCAGCAAGUCGACCUUUGUAAUAAAGCGGUACCCCAGAAUAGAAAUUCUAAAGAAGAAGGAUAAAGGGACAACAAUGCAAGUAUCACAUAAACCCCUUGUGUGAGGUUGCGUGGGACAAUGGAGGAUUUGCGAUACCAAUAAGCCAGAGGACCUGAGCCAAGUCCUGUGGAGGUUUUCGUGUACAAACCUUAGGGGAGAUGUUGAGGAAAAGAGUUCAAACAAUAGGAACAAAAGAAGGGAGCAUACAGGAGGUCCUCGUAAGUAGAAGGAUAACAGCGUAUGAUGAAUCGCGGGAAUUAUCUAUUUUGUUGGAAACUAACAACAGAUCAGAAACCAUUCGCCCAGUAUCAUUGUAAUGUACUAUUAAACCAAUGUGCUCUUUGGUUCGAAGGCUUCAAAACCAGAAAUAAAGAUGCAUCGCAAUUCAAGCCUUGUAUUUGUUCGAGCAGAACAUUCUACAUGGCACUUGGUUUAGCUUCUCACUGUCAAUUAGGGGAUCAUUUUUUCUCUUUCAGAAUUAUCCAAUCUUUUAUAUUUUUCCCCUGAGACCUGUCCCCAAAUGAAAUUAAGCAGCAGAUGGGAAAGGGGAGUUGUAAUCAAUGUGUCACAUUUCUUGAUGUGCCGUGCAUUGCAUUCACCCUAUUCAUGUAAAUUCCCUCUUUUCAUCAAGACGGUAGGAUCGUGCGUGACCAGAGGUUAAUGUUGUAUUCUCCUCGCGCCGUAUCAAAAUGUAUCAGACCAAAUUAUAUUAUUGCAUGUUCAGAUACAAUGCCGUUCCAGUUGGAAUUUCGCUCAUGUUUUUGAGUGCGUGUUGCAUGUGAUUGCAAAAUAAUUACUUUUUCUUGUCAUCAACCUUUUUCUUAGAAUAGAGAAUAGAUGCCAUGCACUAUUUAAGACAUUAUUUUAACAAACCGACCUUUGUUCAUGACACGUGUGGUUUUUUGGGUAAUAUGUCAAAGCUUUGUUUUAAAAUAAAAUAUAAACGUUAAUUUAUGAGGACA